CCAACAAACAGUAGUUACCGUUUUACCACCAUCAUACACACACACACACACAGUAUAACCGAAGUAGAUAACAGGAUAAGGAACAUUUUUGCAAACAUUCGCAAAAAGCAAAGCCUUGUGGCUUGUAACAAUGGCUUCUUCAGUUACCUCUUCGUUUCAACUAAGCAAUUUUAAGUCAUCUUUUGUUGGCGAGAGAAGUAGGAUCAGAAUUUCAAGUGCUCCUGCUACUCAUGUUGGGUUCUUUAGAAAGACUACCGAAUGUAAGGAAUCACGUAUUGGGAAACAACCAAUUCCCGUUCCAUCCAAUGUAACCAUCAAAAUGGAAGGGCAAUAUUUCCAUGCGAAAGGUCCUUUGGGAGAACUUUCAUUAACUUAUCCUCGAGAAGUUAAGGUUGAGAGGCAAGAAGAAGGGGUUUUAAAGGUCAGUAAGGCAGUUGAAACUAGAAGGGCGAAUCAAAUGCACGGGCUUUUCAGGACACUUACGGACAACAUAGUGGUUGGAGUAUCUAAAGGUUUUGAAAAGAAACUUCAACUUAUUGGUGUCGGUUAUCGUGCUACGGUAGAAGGAAACGAAGUAGUGUUGAAUCUUGGAUUUUCUCAUCCUGUUAAGAUGACAAUCCCUGAAGGCCUCAAAGUGAAAGUAGACGAAAACACCAGAAUCACAGUUAGUGGAUAUGACAAGUCUGAGAUCGGGCAGUUUGCGGCUUCGAUUAGAAAAUGGAGACCUCCAGAACCCUACAAAGGUAAGGGUAUCAAAUAUGAAGAUGAAGUUGUAAGGAGAAAGGAAGGAAAAGCAGGGAAGAAGAAGUGAUGUAGAGUCUCAGUUUUCCUUUUUAAAUUUAUCUCUCGUGGUUUUUCAUUGUUUGAUAGUAAUGGAAAUUAUAUAUCUACCGAGCAAAAGAAAUUCAUAUUUAUUUUGUAAGCUAGAAUCAUUUGUUUUUAUGAAAGUCAAAGCAUGCUAUCCCAUAAGUCA